AUGGCACAUCUGACUUCUUCACGUCCGACUUUAUUGAUGAGUUUUUUUCAACUUCUUGAAAUUCGUCUACUAGGACCAACACCCACGUGGUCUCGCACAAAUGACGGUGAUGCUGGUUUACAUCCUUCCAAUAUCCAUGAUUGCCAAUAUGCUAUUGGAAAUGAACUCAUUUCAACGUUGACAUCUUCAUCUGAUCUGUCAUUUCCAGCAGCAAAACAAUCAUUUCAGUGUAUUGUAGAAGAAUUGGAAGAGACAGAAGACCAAGGUGAUCAUUACAUUCUUAUCGAAUACGGGUCGAUGAAUCUCGAUUUACACGAUCGAUUUCUCGUUCAUUGUCUUAUGAAACAAAUCCAAUCGACGGAAUUUUCGAGUUAUCACCUGGUGUCCGCUCUCUUCAAAUUUUUCGAUCAAGUCAGAUUUUAUCCUGUUGAUGAACAUGAACUUGAAAUUCAACGUCAGGCUUUUCAAGACGGACGGUUGCAGAUUGGAAUUAGUAUAUCAAAUUUCCUCGAAAAACGUGAUGAAGCUUUUAAUAAGGAAUUUUCUCUUUGGAAAAAUGGUUUCGAAGCUCAAAACGAUCACGAUUCAGAAGUCAAUGACGAAAUACCAGAUGACGAUGGAGUUACAAAACUCAUUCGUUCUGAUGUUUGUAGAAAUGUUUGGAAAUUAUUAGUUGAGGAAAAUGCUGAAGUGAAAGUUGAUUCGCCUUUAAUCAUUACUCGAAGCCAUGACAAUGGAAUUAGCAAUUCGUUCACCGGUCAAUGGAAUGGUCCAAUCAAUUCACUGCCAUCUUGGACAGUUCAUCACAACAAAUGA